AUGACGAUGGAUGAGAAGUAUGUCAACAGCAUAUGGGACCUUUUGAAAAAUGCCAUCCAGGAAAUCCAGAGGAAGAACAACAGUGGCCUGAGCUUUGAGGAACUUUACAGGAACGCCUACACAAUGGUGCUUCACAAACACGGAGAGAAGCUGUACACAGGCCUUCGAGAAGUCGUAACGGAACAUCUCAUCAACAAAGUUCGAGAAGAUGUACUCAAUUCCCUAAACAAUAACUUCCUUCAAACCUUAAAUCAGGCCUGGAAUGACCAUCAGACAGCAAUGGUGAUGAUCAGAGACAUCCUGAUGUACAUGAGGGGCCAUUAGGAAUGCCUGCCAAAUGUUAAUGAUUCUCGGCCUUGAAGGGAGGUCUGUUUAUGAAGAAGACUUUGAAGCACCAUUCUUGGAAAUGUCGGCAGAAUUUUUCCAGAUGGAGAGCCAAAAGUUCCUAGCAGAAAACAGUGCCAGUGUGUACAUAAAGAAGGUAGAAGCCAGAAUUAAUGAAGAGAUUGAGCGGGUAAUGCACUGCCUGGACAAAUCCACGGAGGAGCCCAUCGUCAAGGUGGUGGAACGUGAGCUCAUUUCCAAACACAUGAAGACCAUUGUUGAGAUGGAGAACUCGGGUCUGGUCCACAUGCUCAAGAACGGCAAGACAGACGAUUUGGCGUGCAUGUACAAGCUGUUCAGUCGAGUUCCCAACGGGCUGAAGACCAUGUGCGAGUGUAUGAGUUCAUACCUGCGAGAACAAGGCAAGGCGCUCGUGUCCGAGGAGGGAGAAGGAAAAAACCCAGUAGAUUAUAUCCAGGGUUUACUGGACCUGAAAUCCCGUUUUGACCGUUUCCUCCAAGACUCUUUCAAUAAUGAUCGACUCUUCAAACAAACUAUUGCUGGUGAUUUUGAGUACUUCCUUAACCUGAACUCCCGCUCCCCUGAAUACCUGUCACUCUUCAUAGACGACAAACUGAAGAAGGGAGUAAAGGGGCUAACAGAGCAGGAGGUGGAGUCCAUACUGGACAAGGCCAUGGUGCUCUUCCGCUUCAUGCAGGAGAAGGAUGUGUUUGAGAGGUACUACAAGCAGCACCUGGCUCGAAGGUUGCUCACCAACAAGAGCGUCUCUGAUGACUCUGAAAAGAACAUGAUCUCAAAGCUAAAGACUGAGUGUGGCUGUCAGUUCACCUCCAAACUGGAGGGCAUGUUUCGAGACAUGAGCAUCUCCAACACCACCAUGGACGAGUUUAGACAACAUCUUCAGACAACGGGGGUUUCUCUUGGAGGGGUUGAUCUCACUGUGAGAGUUUUGACCACAGGAUACUGGCCAACACAAUCAGCAACACCCAAGUGCAACAUCCCUCCUUCACCACGUCAUGCAUUUGAAGUAUUUAGAAGGUUUUAUCUCGGUAAGCACAGUGGGAGGCAGCUCACGCUGCAGCAUCACAUGGGCUCUGCAGAUCUAAAUGCUACUUUCUACGGUCCCAUCAAAAAGGAGGAUGGGUCAGAGGUCGUAGUAGGCGGGGCUCAAGUGACGGGCUCAAACACCCGGAAGCACAUCCUACAGGUGUCCACUUUUCAGAUGACCAUCCUCAUGCUCUUCAACAACAGAGAGAAAUCCACCUUUGAGGAAAUCCAGCAGGAGACGGAUAUCCCGGAGAGGGAGCUGGUGCGAGCGCUCCAGUCUUUGGCCUGUGGGAAACCCACACAGAGAGUUCUUACCAAGGAGCCCAAGUCUAAAGAGAUCGAGAACGGCCAUGCGUUUACAGUCAAUGACCAGUUUACCUCUAAACUGCACCGCGUCAAAAUCCAGACAGUGGCUGCUAAACAGGGAGAGUCUGAUCCAGAGCGGAAGGAGACACGGCAGAAAGUGGACGACGACAGAAAGCACGAGAUUGAAGCUGCUAUUGUUCGCAUCAUGAAAUCUAGGAAGAAGAUGCAGCACAAUGUUCUAGUAGCAGAGGUCACACAGCAGUUGCGAGCACGAUUCCUUCCUAGUCCUGUAGUCAUCAAGAAGCGCAUUGAAGGACUCAUUGAGCGGGAAUAUUUGGCAAGGACACCAGAGGACCGCAAAGUAUAUACUUACGUAGCGUAACGAGUGAAUGACUAGAACGCUAGCAUGAAGUUGAGGUAACUGAGGGCCUUGUUUUAUGGACUGCCAUGUGUUUGAAUGAACUUGGAAGUGCUAUCUACGAUUCUGGGAAACACUGGGAAGCCGACAUUUUCUUCCAUAAAAAUGUGUAAAAAGAAAAAAAAAAUGCAAGAGGUGGCGAAGUUUUCUAGCAAUAUUAGAUUUCUUCUGCUAUAAGAAAAUGAGGGAGAAUCUAGUUUUGUAAAAAAAUAAAUAAAAUAAAAAAAUAGUGUUUCUUCCUGUGGCCUUUGAAGAGAACUGGGUGAGCCUGUUUGCCAGUUAAUUUCACUGUCAAGAACUCGGGGCCACGUGGAGACCAAGAGGACAUUUGAACUCCCCUGUUUUAAAUGUUGAUGACGUCAGUGUGUUCUGUUUGUGUCCGUGGCACAAGAAUGGCUGUACAGGUUGACGGACGCUCUCGGCCCUUUCCUCCUAGAGGAGUUUUACAUAUAAAACAAAGAAUGGAGUGUUAACUGGUACAGACCUGCUUUACACUAAAGUACAAUUUGGAGAUUAGAUAACAAGAUGCUUAAGUUAUUUGUUUUGCAGGGGUUAUUUUAUAUAUACAUACUGUGCACCUCACUCUGCUGAAAUAUAUAUUAAAUGCCAUUUUCAGUCAUUUCACCAGGUCUGUACUGUGUCCAGAGAUUAAGGGCUGUUGGGUAAACACGUGUUUUUAACGGGUCAGUCAGAGGAAUAAGACCUGAAACUUCUCAACGCUUGGUUCCUCAUGGCACAUUUAUUUCCAUUGAAGGCCUGUUGUGUGAUCAGCCAAAAAUUAUAUUGUUUUUCAAGGUUUCUCGUGGUGCAGGUUUCAAAAGAGGAUUUUAUUUUGCUUUGUCCUUUUUUUUUUUUUGCUGAACAGGAGAAACCAGUUUAGCACCAUGCUCUACUAUGUACAAAUUGUAAAAUAAUUGUACUCACUGCAAAGGUGGAUUGUACAGGGCCUUGUUUUCAUCAUAUUAAAUGUAGAAUUACAGAAAUAUUUAAAAAA